CCCUCCUCACCCUACCCCUCACUCACCCCCUCCCUCCAUGUAGUCACCAGGGUCACUGGAGCAUUUGGGUGCGAUAUUACGUGUAGUUGUUUGUUUCAAUGUUUGUUUGGAUUUGGAUUUUCCGACAGUGUUUAGAGCAUUCGUCAAAAUACACUUCCCGACUUAUUUGAAAGCACUAUGAUUGACAAAGCAUACAUUCUAGACAAUGGCGGGUUCACAGCAAAAGUCGGCAUGUCAUCUGCUAAACCAAGAGUUAUUCCAAAUAGUGUCAUGAAGGCCAAAAGCGAAAGAAGAAGACCUUUCAUAGCUGACCAAGUUGAGGAAUGUCGUGAUGCUUCUGGUUUAUUUUACAUACUUCCUUUUCAAAAGGGCUACUUGGUCAAUUGGGAUAUUCAAAAAACUAUUUGGGACCACAUUUUUGGCAAGGAUUGUUGCCCAGUCAAUUUUAAUGAAACACCUCUAAUUGUUACUGAACCGUACUUUAAUUUUCCCUCUAUUCAAGAAGCAAUGACAGAAAUAUUUUUUGAAGAAUAUGAAUGUCAGUCUCUACUGAGAAUCAAUGCUGGUGAUCUUAGUAACUAUCACUACACAAGUAAUAAUCCUGGAACCUUGGCUUGCAUGGUUGUUGAUGUGGGCUACAGUUUCUCUCACGUCACACCAUACAUUAAGGGAAAGAAAAGAAGAGAGGGUAUCAAAAGAAUAGAUGUUGGUGGCAAAGCACUAACUAACCACCUGAAAGACAUUAUUUCUUAUCGACAGCUGCAUGUCAUGGACGAAACUUACGUUAUUAAUCAGGUCAAAGAAGACUCUUGUUUCGUGUCCCUGGAUUUUAUGGCUGAUAUGGAAGUUGCCCGGAAACGUGGUAACGAUAAUACAAUUGUGCGAGAUUAUGUUCUUCCUGACUUCACAUCUAUUCGAAGAGGUUUCCUGAGAACUCUGGAAGAAACAAGCAAGAGCACUGAUGGAGAACAGACCUUGCGAAUGAACAAUGAACGGUUUGCGGUACCAGAAAUUUUAUUUCAACCAUCUGACUUGGGUGUGCAACAGAUGGGUGUGGCUGAAGCCAUAGUUUCUAGUAUAAACUCUUGUCCAAAAGAGACACAGCCCCAUUUAUAUUCCAACAUAGUUGUUACUGGAGGAUGUUCCCUUUUCCCCAAUUUCCAAAAGAGGCUACUACAGGAUGUAAGAAAAUUAGCCCCUGAUGAGUUUAACGUCAGGGUAACUUUGCCAGAAAAUCCGCUUACUUAUGCUUGGGAAGGAGGGGCACUCCUUAGCAAACACCCAGAGUUUUAUAGUUUUGUUGUUACAAAAGAAGAAUAUGAAGAAGAGGGAUUGCAUAUUUGCUAUGAAAGAUUUGAUGUUUAGCAAGGGGAAUAUUAUGAACGCCAGAAUAUUUAUUUAUACUACAGUACUAUCUCAGCUGCUGCUAUGUAAGAUUUCCCUUUAAUUUUGAAGAACUGAUCAUCAUUAUGUAAACUUCCCUUUUUAAUUAAGCUCAACAAUUAUUCCAAAAAUAAAAUUUUAAAUCAA